AUGCCUCUCUAUGAAGGCUUGGCCAUCGACAAUGUCACGUCCCCACAAGAAACUCAUAAAUUCAGACAGCUUAUGUGGCCCGAUGGCAAGAACAACUUCUGUGAGAUCAUAGAUUCAUUUGCCGAGUUAUUAGCAGGCUUGGAGCACACAGUGGAACAAAUGCUGUUUGAAAGCUUUGAGGCAGCAAAGCAGUACGAGUCUGUUGCUAGCUACAACAGUCAACUUCUUAGGUUCCUCAAAUAUAAUACACGAAAGGAAACUGAUGCCACCUUAAGGUUUGCGAGCCAUACAGACAAGAACUUUGCCACCAUUGUUGUUCAGCACGAUGUUGGUGGGUUGGAGGUCCAAACAAAGGAAGGUGAUUGGAUUAGCAUUGAGUCGGCACCUUCACAGUUCUUGUUCAUGGCCGGUGAUGGAUUGCAGGUAUGGAGUAAUGACAGAAUAAAAGCUUGCCACCAUCGAGUGAAGGAUUGUGGGGACAAGAUAAGAUACUCACUUGGGAUGUUUACAUUCAACAAUGGGGUGUUGCAAGUACCGCCAGAACUAGUGGAUGACAGCCACCCACUGCUCUAUAACCCAUUUGAUAGUCGAGGGUAUGUAAGGUUUUAUACAUCGGCUGAGGCCAAAAAAGAGAAGUCUCCUAUCAACGCCUAUUGCGGUGUUGGACUUGAAAAUUAG